AAAGUGGUCGCUCUGUUUGGCACCCUUGUGUAGUUGCUCUGUUAAAUACGUAAGUGUAAGCAAAGUUACCAUAGGAUGUAAUUUGAUAAACGGUUUAAUGGUUACUUACUAGACUUAUUAACGUUUAGAGUUUAAAAUUUCUCACUUAUAAGGUUGUAAUAGAAAAAAAAAAUAUCGUAAGAAACACUGUUUUGUAAUAAUACAAAUAAGGUAGGAUUAGCAAGAUAACGGGAACUAUUUUACAAACUUUUCCUGCUGGGAUUAGCUGCAGAUUGCUGGACUUAAUGCUAGGAUAAUCUUUAUAUAAUCUUCUGAAGUUCGGUCGUUCAGCUGUUGAUCAUGUCGAUUCAACUACCAUUUUCUCCGUCGCAUGUUAAACUGAAACUGAAAUUUUGGAACAAACGCUCAAUUUCCAUCAACGAUUGUGACUCUGUUUACAAAGGGGUGUAUAUGGGAAACGUGGUAACGCCGUGGGCCAAGGGUGACACUUGUGUUGACAUAGCUUUGGCCACGUUGUGGACUAACUACUUUACGAAUGUUAAACAGGAUACUUACAUGACGAUAACUGUGUGUAACUCGGGUCUAAAAGCAGUGACAAAGGAGCAUGGACUUACGGAAUACUGGGCUAAUCGCAUCACCUACUGUGCAGCACACCCUCAGUAUCCUCGGGUGUUCUGUUGGGUGUAUAGACAUGAAACUCGCCGCUUUAAGCAAGAGCUCCGCUGUCAUGCUAUUUUAUGCGGUAAGGAAGAUAAAGCUCAGAUAAUGGUAAACCAGUUGAAUCAAAAGUUGACUGCUGCGCUUCAGGAGUUUCGUCGGGAAAAACUCACCCGACAAAAAGCACGAUUGACGGUAACCAACUCCACGUCUGUGAUCCCUACUUUACCACGCCGCAAACAGCUUCUCAUCACUGGGACGGCUAACUUUCGGCCGCCCCUGGAACGAGCAAGAAGUGCUCCUAAGCUGACUGCUAUCGAAGAACUAGAAGAAGAAGAUUCAGAAUUCGAAGAAGAUCUGAUCACUGACUUGGCCAUUUCAGAUCUUGAAUCAUCUUUAGAUGUGGUGAUAGAUGAUGUUCAACAGUUCGCGAGCCCGGAUGUUGGUUCUGUUUCUGGUCAAUAUACGAGUCCUGUACAGUUCAAUGAGCUAGAUAUUAAGCUCCAAAAAAUACCAUUCACUGACGACAGGACUCGUGGUGAUGGUGAUAGUGUUUCAACUGAAUCCGGAUACGGAGAGGAUAAAGAAAUAAGCUUGAAUACAUUUUCAGAUGAGGAUUAAUAUCAGCCAUAGGUGUUUCCAUGGUAGCUUUUGCACUAAACUACUGUAUUUUUGACAUUGUACCAUUUAUUAAAAAGAACUUGUCUCAGUUUUGACCUUCUUUUAUAUAUGUGUGUCGCACUCUUGUACCAUUUUUAAUUUCUCGUGGUUACUGAAGUUUUGUGUGAAUUCUAUCCUGAAUCCUACAUUUAUUUUGUAACCAAUAUGCCGACAUCUUAUUCGUGAACACAAUAAUAAUCUUAAGAACUACGUGAAGACUUACCUUUUUAUACGAGGGAAAUUAAUCUAACUUACCUCAAACGUGUAUUUUGUGCCAUGAGUUUUGAAUACCGUUCGUUACCGAAAUAAAGCAUAUCCAAAUGAACGUAGUCUAAAACAAUUCAUUAUCAGAAAUUUGGGUUUUUCUUUGUAAAGGCUAAUUUUAAACACUGAAUACGGAUUCAUAGUUCUAUGGUUUGUUAACCAGUCUUCAUUGCGAACGGUCUUGUUCCAUGGCAAUCAACAAUUAUGAUGUAUAUGUUGGAUUGAAAAUAUAGAACUUAUAGCUUAUUAAAUAGUUUCCAUGUGUGUGUUUGUCAAGAAAUAUGUGCAUAUUCAACAUUAAGUAAUAGGAACAUGGCUCUGAAACUAUUUACAGAUUAUAAUGAUUUUACUAAACAGAUUUUGUGUUAACAGAACAGUAACAGUGAUUUUAUUUAGUCAGGUUUUUGGUUAACAUAACAACAAUGGUGAUUUUAUUUAGUCGGGUUUUAU